AUUUACUAUAUCGAUCUUCUUCAUUUUCUGUGUGAGUUUGGAUCCAGAAACCAAAACCCUAAAAAUGGCGAAAAAUCUCGUCAUAUUUUUAACCCUAAUUUCGUUUCUUCCAUUGUUGUGUAACUCAUUCUCUUCUGAGAACCCUAGUGAUCGGAAAAUUCUGGUGUUAGUAGAUGAUCUAGGUAUCAAAUCUUCGCAUUCGAUCUUCUUCAAAUCUCUUCAAACACGUGGAUUUGAACUUGAUUUUAAGCUUGCUGAGGAUCCUAAGCUUACUCUCAAGAGAUAUGGGAAGUAUCUGUAUGAUGGAUUAUUACUUUUCUCUCCAUCAACUAAGCGUUUGGGAGGAUCUUUGGAUUCAGCUGCUGUAUUGGAAUUUGUUGAUGCUGGGCAUGAUUUGAUUCUUACAGCUGAUUCUUCUGCUUCUGAUUUGAUUAGAGAUAUUGCUACCGAAUGUGGUGUUGAUUUUGAUGAGGAUUCCGAAGCUAAGGUUAUUGAUCAUACCAGUUAUGCUGUAUCAGCUACUGAUGGGGAUCAUACUUUGAUUGCUAGUGAUGAUUUCAUUAAAUCUGAUGUGAUUUUGGGAAGCAAGAAAAUUGAGGCACCUGUACUCUUUCAAGGAAUUGGCCAUUCAUUAAGCUCUGCCAAUAGCCUGGGUAUAAAAGUUCUCUCAGCUUCUCCUGCUGCAUAUUCUGCUAAUCCAAAUGCAAAGUUGUCAAAUCCUCCAUCACUCACAGGAGCUACAAUCUCUUUAGUGUCAGUUGUUCAGGCAAGAAACAAUGCUCGUGUAGUUAUAUCUGGCUCCUUAGAUCUGUUCAGCAAUCGAUUGUUCAAAUCGGCUGUGCAGAAAGCAGGAACCUCAAUUAAACACGAGAAAUCUGGCAACGAGCAGUUUGCUACUGAACUCAGCAAAUGGGUCUUCCAUGAAAGAGGUCAUCUUAAGGCGGUCUAUGUUAGGCAUCACAGAGUUGGGGAAACAGAUGAGCCUGCAAUUUACAGGAUAAAUGAUGAAGUGGAGUACUCCGUCGAGAUCUAUGAAUGGUCUGGGACAAGCUGGGUACCAUAUAUUGCAAAUGAUGUUCAACUCCAGUUUUACAUGAUGAGCCCCUAUGUAUUGAAGAAUUUAUCCACUGAUAAGAAGGGGUUAUACUCUACAAUCUUCAAGGUACCAGAUGUUUAUGGUGUUUUCCAAUUUAAGGUUGAGUACCAGAGACUUGGGUACACAAGCCUAUCUCUUUCAAAGCAGAUUCCAGUUCGACCUUACAGACACAAUGAAUACGAGAGAUUUAUACCCACAGCUUUUCCCUAUUAUGGAGCUUCAUUCUCAACCAUGGCUGGUUUCUUUGUUUUCACUAUUGUCUAUUUAUACCACAAAUAGAUUUUCGAAGUGGCAGCAUUAUAAUGGCAGACGCUUUCCAUCCAAGUAUGAGAGAAGUCAGAGUUACGAUUUUAGGACAGAAGAUACUUUAAAAACUUAGGAGAUAAUCAGAUUGAGACUUGGGAAGAUGUUCUGACUUCUGAGAACAUAAUUUUGUUCAAUCAAAUGUUUUUGUGCUCUUAUCUAGAUUAUUACAGAUGCCAGUGCUUUCCAAGCUUAGAUGCUCUUUUGGCUCUUCUUUGUGUAUCUGGUUUAGUCUUUCGGCUGUUGCUGUCUGCCUGCAUAUAAGCAUAUCCCAUCCAAUCUUAUUUGUUAGAA